AUGUUCGGGUUGCUCGUCGGCACACUCAAAAAAGCGGAGAGGGAAGAUAAGGAGCGCAAUGCCAGCGAAGCAGCAAAAAAACGCAUGAAACUGGAAGCACGGCUCCAGUCGAAACUGCGGCGGGAGAACGACACUGUGCGUAAAGCCGAAGAUGCACGGAAGGAUAAGUUGUCAGCAAACAGGAAAGAGGAGGAGCUGCAAUUGCGAGAUUCUGUCGUGAAAUACCGCAGGAGCCGUCUGCCAAUCUUGGCGAACUUCCUCCUCACGUCGGACGUUAUCCCCCAGGAUCAAGGCGAGGAGCAAACUCGUUCUCUCCUGAAUCCCCUUGCGAAUCCCCCUCGUAGUCAUCCGCCACCCCUGUAUUACCUUCCGGCCAUCCUCCUACCAUCACAGGAAGCAUUCAUCUCAGCACGUCGCUCCGCCGUAAAAGACGCUGCUGAAGCAGAGUGGCAGAUGUUCCAUGCUGAGCGCGUGCAGGGCAUUGAAGAUGUAAAAACGCUGCGGUUAAAGGUCGAAGAAGCUAAGAAAUCUCAAGGUGAGCCCAUGGAUGAAGAUACAGAGGAUGCGAAGGUGGAGGAUAAAAAAGAGGGUGAGGAGGGGAAAAAAGAGGGUGACGUGGAAGCAAGAAUGGAUACAGAUGAGCUAGAGGGUAAAAAAGAUGACGGAGGGGAGAAGGAGAAGGAUGAGCCCAUGCAAGCUAUCGAUGACGAGGCCGUGGAGUAUUGA